UACAAGACAGCCAGUGCUGCAGGCCUCGUCAGUUGACAACAAUAGACGUCUAUGCAAGACGCGUCGGCAGAUAUUGGGACAUACUAUGGAUGUACUAUAUACCAUGCUAAUCUUGUACCAUAUUCUAGCCAUUCUGCUAUCAUCAGUGUGUAUGAUAAACACGGACAAUUACCGAGUUCUGACCUCGUGUCCUGGACAGAUCAUGAAAAGUCAGUUUAUAUCCUUUACAAUUCGUGUUGUAAGUAAGUUGGACUGUGGAAGAAAAUGUUCUGAGGACGAUUCCUGCAUGUCGUUUCAUUACAGUUCCCUGUCCAGGAUAUGCCACCUGAACAAUGAUUUUGAUCAAGGGGACUGUGUUAAGAUGGAAACUAAUUCGGAGAUGGUUUACCAUGAGAAGGUUCAAGAGUGUGCAAAUGGCGGUAUUCUACAACCCGACUCGAGUUGCCAGUGCGUCAAUGGCUACGUUGGUACAAGGUGUGAACGUUUAAUGACAGAUUGCAGUGAUGGUUAUGCAGGUGGUUUCGGAUAUCCCGACGGCUACUACAGCAUCCAGCCAACAUCUACAUCUACGCCAUUUACAGUGAGAUGUCUCAUGAAGUCAGGUGGAAGAACAAUUAUCCAAUACCGCAUGGAAACACCAACUGCCACUGUCGACUUCAACCGGAGUUGGGCAGAAUAUCGUGACGGUUUCGGGUUGACCAACAAAGAUCACUGGCUGGGACUGGAGAAGUUGUACCACAUUUGUAAACCUGGAACAUUUUCACUGAAGAUUGAAAUGAAAUUUCGAGACAAUUCCUUUAAACAACAGUACUACGACAACUUUUAUCUUUCAGACGAGGCAGAUGGGUAUCGUAUGUAUUUUGCGCGGACACGUGGUAAAAGCGGUGAUCCUAUAGGAGACUGUUUAACUCCGCUAAACGGUUCUGCAUUCAGUACAUACGACAGGGAUAACGACAAUGAUGCCGGAAGUUGUGCAGUCAGAUACGAAAGCGGGUUUUGGUUUGACGCAUGCGCAGACUGUAAUCCCAAUGGUCGUCUGCUUCGUCCACUGAAUGAGCAGCGAACAAAUGUUGUGUCUGAGGUAUUCUGGACAAACGACCUUGGCCAAACGGUACCCUACAGAUUGCUCAUGUGGCUGGUAGAAAUGUGAGCAUCUAAUUUUGUACAAAUAAUCGGGUCGGGUGGUCUCAAUGGCCUGUUUGAUGCAUGUCAUCGUAUCAAAAGAACGUAGACAGAUGCUCACUUCAUCUGGCUCUGUCUCUUAUUAGUUUUAUUAGUCACUCAUAACCUAACCGGUGGUGUCUCUCUCUCUCUCUCUCU